GUCCCGUUUCGGUAGCCCUUCUCCUAUUGGAGGAGGACGAUAUGCAAGUAUGACCGUACAUCAUGCGUUGACGUAGCAUAGCCUCAGUAUAACGAAUUUCUCCUUAGGCUGCCACCAUCCAUAUCAAAUAGGGAUUCCUCUUCCUUCCUUUUCGACACCGGACAAAAUAUCAUUAUUUUCAAGCGCUCCCUUCGCGAUGGACGACGACCUCGACAAGAUCCUGAACCGCAAAGCGGGGUUCAUAUAUCCCGCUAUCUACGCAGAAACAGAAGUUCGGUUAAUGCGGUUCCCUGCAAAUCGCAGGAAUCCUUCAGAUAUGCGAUACACCCUAGAGACAUUCCAACUCUCGGAUCUCCCCUCAACGCGCUACAAAGCACUGUCUUAUACCUGGGGUCGCGCAAACGUUAUCAGUGACCUCCACGAGAUCUUAUUGGACGGACAGCAAUUUUUCAUACGGAAGAACCUCUUCGAGUUCCUUACUAUUGCUGCGGGGAAGGGCGAAACCGGAUUAUUCUUCGUGGACGCGAUAUGUAUAAACCAACUCGAUAAGGCAGAGAGGCUGUUCCAGGUUCGGGAGAUGGCGCGCGUGUACCGGAAUGCAGAUAAAGUCGUGGCAUGGCUUGGAAUACCGAACACGCAACGAACAUUAAACGAUGUGCAAUCACUUGCCGAGAUCAAAGAUAGAACGGGGUGCGCGGGUUGGACAUCGAAUCAGUGGGAUGCGUUUAAGUACCUGAGUUUCCAUCCAUAUUGGAGUCGGAUCUGGAUUGUUCAGGAAGUGAUUCUUGCGCCGAGUAUGGAGGUUUGGUGUUGGUACUUCGUAUUCCCGCUCGCGUUAUUCGUGGGGACGCCACAGUACAGUCUUCCGUUCCGCGAUACGACUUCUUCUAAACGUGAGCGAUUGCGAACAGUCAAUAAUGAAAUUUACACGCAUUGCAGUCCGGCAGAUAGAGUCACAACCCACAGAACCCGAUUGGUUAACUUGCUCAAAAGAGACCCCCUGGCUCAGGGGACAGCAGUGGGGACUCUUGAGGAAAUGACUACGAGUCUGACAAUGCCUUAUAUGAAAGCGGAGACUUACCAGUCGACUGUUCCGGACCUCGUUCACGAAAUCGUACCUAAGUUCGGCAUGUUUCAGUGUUCAGAUCCAAGAGAUAAGUUAUACGGGUUCCUAGGAAUUUUAAAGGAUUCGAGCAGGGCCGAAGUCAACCCCGAUUACACGAUGUCGGUUACUUAUGCCUUCCGACAAGCAUUAAAAAUUGGAUUUCGAGAAAUAGAACACGAACAUUCAGCCACGGCAGAUAUAAAGAACUCCGACGAAAUUUUCAGGUUAUGUCUAGCGUACUAUUGCGCCGCGCAUAGCGUUUUUGGCAUAGAAGACUACGAGAGCAUAGUUAUUAUACAGGAAGUGGUAGCUGAACUACGCAAACAAGCCCCGCUUACGAGCUUCACAGAUAGAAUAGGAUCGCGGCGGCCAUCGAUCUGGAACGAUAUAAAUCCUGAGAUAGUCCUAGAUCCUGAAAAGCUUCUGCAAAUGGUGGCACCGAAGAGAGAUGUAUGGGUGAAGAGUGUGUGCUCAUACCGGAUUAGAUUGCGCGAUAUACUGAAGAUACGUGGAAUUACUUGUAUUGGCCGUUGAAAUCGUACAUCCUGUUCUUCGAAGACCGUUAUAGGUUUCGUUUGCCUUUUAAGGCACAAUGGUAAACUCCGACUAAUGAAAAAGAAGCAAAGUUACAAGCCUUAGGAGCCUCAGAAGUGUCUAGAUAAGUCCUCACUUCCCCUCUAAUCUUGCCACGAUAUCCCUGCCCCCC